AUGUCGACCCCCAACAGCGACUCUCCGACCCGCAUCCGCAUCCUCACCCUGAAUUGCUGGGGCCUCAAGUUCCUCUCGAAAUUGCGCCAUGAGCGUCUCUCAGAAAUCGGGCGACAGAUUGCUAUCGCCGAUGACCCUCCCCAGAUUGUGGGCUUGCAGGAAUGCUGGACCCAGCAAGACUAUAGAAGCAUCCGCAGACAAACGAAACAUCUGCUUCCCUACGGCAAGUUCUACUACAGCGGCGUGUUCGGGGGCGGACUAGCCAUUCUCUCCAAAUGGCCCAUCGAAGAAAGCAGCAUGUUUGCUUACCCGCUCAAUGGGCGCCCGACAGCGUUUUUCCGCGGUGACUGGUAUGUCGGCAAGGGUGUUGCCUGCGCGCGGAUCCGGAUGGGGCCAAACGCAGACGAUGUUGCGGAAGUGUUUUGUACGCAUUUACAUGCACCGUACGAGAAAGAGCCGCACGAUUCCUAUCUAUGUCAUAGAACAGCGCAGGCAUGGGAGAUUUCCAAGUUGAUGCGGCGAGCGGCAGAGAGAGGCCAUUUGGUUAUCGGACUGGGCGAUUUCAAUAUGGUCCCCAUGUCCUUUGCCCAUCGGCUGAUUACAGCUCAUGCCCCCGUCAAAGACGUAUGGCGACACCUACAUCCGGACUCUUCCGUUGGAAGUGCAGAGUCGGUCGCGGAGAGAAAACGGGGGAAGCCCAUCCCAACGGCGGAUUUCAAUAUCUCCGAGAAUGGCGCUGCAAGUGACGGUCCCUUCAAUACGUGGCGCUGGCCCAAGGACCAGCAAAAGCGACUCCUCAAGGGCGAAGAUAUUCCCGUUGAUGGAAGUCAGGAAGACCCCAAGGGCCGAAGAUUGGACUACAUCUUUGUUGGGGACGGGGGCUAUCCGCCGUCCUUCCCAACCCCUCAAUGGAAUAUAGAAUCAGCCUGGGUCAGCAUGAUGCAGCGCCAUCCCACGCUUAAAGUAUCUCUAAGUGACCACUUUGGCAUCGAAACGGUCAUUACACGCAGCCUUGAACACUCUGCUGGUGCGGUCCCCAUUCCGGCGGAACCCGAGACACGUCAACCAGAGCCUGGAAAUGCCGAUGAUCACGGCUUUGCCGUUCAAUCUUCCUCUCAAUUACAUCCAACAUCCGCCCCCAGCAGUGCACUUGCAGUCGAAACUUACGAUGAAAUCCUCACCCUGAUUGAUAACUAUAUGCUCCGCGAAAGAUCGCAACGCAGGUGGCGCUUGGCGCAUUUCCUGGUCUCCAUACUCGUCUCCAUCGGUUGCUUUGUGGCCGUGUGGUGGACGUCGGAUGUGAUUUAUGUUGCGUUCAUUCUUACGUUUAUCAGCACUUUGAGCUUUGCGGCUGGGGUGCUGGAUGGGUUGAUAGGUGGUUUGUUUAUGUCGGCUGAAAUACGGGCGUUGAAAGAAUUCAAAUGGGAGGUUAGGAAUGCGAGGCGGUUGGCUAGUGUUGCUGCUGGGGUUGGCAAGGAGGCUUUGGGCUUGUACGAUGAUGAUGAAGACCUUUAA